AUGACGCAUGAUGAAACAAUGUCAUUUCAAACUGAUGUGACAGUCAGUGAAUUAAGCCUCAGAAAUAAGAAGUUUCUUAUAAUCUUGGAAGAUGUCAGUAAUGAGCAACACACUGAUUGGGACAUGUUCAGGAGCUCUCUUAGGCAAGGAGCAAUAGGAAGUAUGAUCCUUGUGACUACAUGCAGCGAAAAGGUGACGUUGAUUAUGGGCAGUGAACCAUGUCAUUACUUAUCACCAGUAGAGGAUGAAGAUUGUUGGUGUUUGUUUGAAAAGCGUGCAUUUGGUUUGAUAGAUCCUAUUGUGUAUUCCAAACUUCACGGUAUUUGGAAACACAUAGUGAAGAAGUGCAAAGGCUUGCCACUGGUCGUUAAGACAGUGGCAGUUCUUUUGCACUUGAAGCUAGAUGUAGAAGAAUGGGAGGAGGUUUUGGCUAGUGACAUAUGGAGGUUUUGA